AUGACCCGGAUAUAUCCCUCCGAGUGUGAGAUUCUCGUCGUCGUUGGAAAUGAUGACACGAUCGACAGCAUGUGGGAGAAGUUGCAAGAUCUCUUGCGCGUCAAGGGCAUGGAGAACACGUACGCGGAGAAGGAACGUCGAACUGAAGAAGAUUGGAUCAAAAUCGGCUUGGCCGACUCUUACUCUCCGCCGAAUCCAAUGCCCGAGCCGUGCAAAGAAAUCCGCCACUAUCUAAAAAAGCUGGGUUAUAAAGAGGGACUGAACACUUCGGGUGGAUUCCGUUUUGACCCCUGA